UCACACAAUCUGAUUCUUAAAUCAUUGCAUAUUGCAGUAUUAUAUGUGUGUGUGUGUGAGUGAGGGAGAUAGAGAGAAGUGCAGCAGCAAGCCAGCAAUCAACAUUUUGUGUUAAUUUGGCAUAAUCCAUGGAUGUUGUGAUUGGAGUGUUGUUAUUGGUGUUCGCUUCGUCUCCUUCACCAAUCCUUACCUGCGGCGUUGAUGAACCUUAUUUCGAUGUCAUCAACUAUGGAGCCACCGGUGAUGGUUGUACAGAUGAUUCACAGGCAUUUGUAGAGGCAUGGGAUGCAGCUUGUAGUUCUUCACUUCAAUCUGCAACACUAUAUGUUCCGCCGGAGACCAUAUUUCUAGUUCACCCCCUCAUCUUUCACGGCCCUUGCAAUACACCCAUCAUCAAUUUCUUGAUUUUAGGGACAAUGAUAGCACCAGAAUCACCUAGCUUGUGGGAUGAGAGAGAUGCAAGUCAAUGGUUGGCAUUUACGAAUAUCGAUGGCCUUAACAUCGAUGGCUAUGGCUAUGGCGUCGUUGAUGGGAAAGGCGAGUCUUGGUGGGAUCAGUCUUGUAAAUACCAUCCUCUUUUGGAAAAUUGCACGAGUUUAGCUCCAACGGCGUGGAAGAUUUUGGGGUGCAACGAUAGCAGCAUUAGGAAUGUGAAGUUUAUUAAUAGUGCCCAAACACAUAUGCUGGUGAAAGGGUGCAACGAUUUCAUCAUUGAAAAUGUGAUUAUCGAGUCCCCUGAAAAUAGCCCCAACACAGAUGGUAUUCACAUUCAAUCAUCUCAUCAUCUUCUCAUCAUAAAUUCUACAAUCGCCUGCGGCGAUGAUUGUAUCUCAAUUGGUGACUACAUUUCUGAUAUGAAGAUAAGCAAUAUUCAAUGUGGUCCUGGUCAUGGAAUCAGCAUUGGAAGUUUAGGAAGAGGAGGAAACUAUGUACAAGUGGAAAACAUUCAAAUAAGCAAAGCCAUCUUCAACGGAACGACAAAUGGAGCUCGGAUCAAAACAUGGCAGGUUGGAAGAGGAUAUGUACGGCGCGUCACAUUUGAAAAACUAGUACUCCACAACGUCAAUAAUCCCAUCAUCAUCGACCAGAAUUACUGCAACAUCAGGGGUGCAUGCCAAGAGCAAGAAUCCGGAGUUGAAAUAAGCAACAUAGUGUAUCGAGAAAUACAAGGGACAUCAGCUUCGAGGAUCGCCAUCAAUCUUAACUGUAGUAAUUGGGUACCAUGUUAUGGAAUAUGGAUGGAAUCAAUAGAGUUAACAGCAGCUAUAGUUGGAAUGCAAGUUACCGCGAAUUGCAGCAACGCUUCUGGUCGAGAGCAAGACACACUUCCUGGCCCAUGUCUUCGCCAAUUCUAACCUAGUCUACUAUUCAAAAUCUUCGACCUUAAUAAUUUGUAUU